AUGGCUAGUGAAAAAGGUCAACGUCUUGCUAGAGCGAAAUAUCCAACCUUCAAUCGGAAUAGACUUCCUACAUUGCAGGAAGUUCUUAGUCGUAAAACUGCUCCUCCUGUAUGUUUAUUUAACUUUUACCUUUAUAUGAGAGAUAGAGAAUAUGCUUCAGAAUAUUUGGACUUUUAUCUUGAUGUAUUAGAACAUGAGGUGAUAUGUAAAGCAUUCGUAAAGGACAUAAAGAAACUUGGACUGGAUGUAAAUUUAGAAUAUCCUGAAUAUGAAAAAUUUCGACCUCCAGAAAAAGGAGACUUAAGUAGAUUCAGUAAUGAUGGAGUUCAUAGACAAUUAAGUGGUUCAUCGCGUGGAUCUGAUACCACAUUUACUUCAGGUAGUGGAAUUAUUGACCCUCCAUCAAGACCGUUAUCACCAUUAACAGUAAACUCAAAUUCACACGUAAUUGAUAUUUCAUCUGGAAGUAAAGGAUUACAAAGAAAUAGGGAUUCAGUCCGAUCAAACAAAACCAAUACUACUGCGGGUAAUCUUUCAUUUUAUGAUAGAGAGAGACCUUUUUCUCGAAAGGAUCUUCGAGAAUCAGCGGAACGUAUUUAUUAUAAAUAUAUUUAUGAAGGUUCGGAGAAGUUGAUUAAAUUACCAGAAUAUAUUCGAAAAAAUAUUACACUUGCCAUAGACGGUGAUCCAUAUUAUAAAGAUAUACGUAAUAGAGGAGAUCCAUGGAUUUAUCAUGAUGCUAAAAAAGAAAUUUAUGAAAAAAUGGAAAAUCAACAUUUUCCUAGGUUUUUACAAGCAAGAGCAUUUGGUAAUAUGGGAGCACCACAGACCAUGUUACGUUUGGUUAUAGGAUUAUUCUUUUUAUUCCUUGGUUUUGCAAUAGCAUUAAGUUUUAUUUUCUUGGAUAUAAAACCCAAUACUAAAAGAAUAUGGGUAUUUAUCUUUAUUUAA